AAAAUAGAUAGACAGUUACAUUUGCCAGUCAGAGUCUGUCAAUUCUGGAGAGGCAUCAGAAAGUUCAGCAACAGGGAACCAAGAAGUACCUCUAGCUGAAGGAACUAAGCAAAUAGCAACUGUGGAGAACAAACUUAAUAGUCAUGAAGCUGAGCGUUGCCCUGUUCUUUGCCGGCUUCUUCGGUGCUUUGGGAGCUGUGUUCUUCUUGCUGUCUUUUGGAACGGAUUAUUGGCUUUUGGCAACUGAAACAUGUUCACCUGAAAACAAUGGAAGCAAAACCGUAAAUGCUGUUCCACUUGAGCAUGGUGAUAUGGUCACAUCUCCAAAGAAAACAGAUACCACUUACCAUCAUGAGGGCUUCUUCUGGAGGUGCUGGUUUGGUGGGAAACUUGCAGAGGACAAUAUAUGGAAGUUUUGGUUCACCAAUCAACCGCCUUCCAAGUUGUGUAUGCACUCAUACCUCUUUCCAUUCCCAGUAACAACCCCGGUUCACAACUCCACUUCCUAUGACACUGCAGUCAUCUACCGCGGGUUCUGGAGUGUGUUCAUGCUUGUUGGAGUAGCUGCUGUUGUGAUGGCAGGCUUCAUAAUCAUCUGUGCUGCUCCCUUUGCCAGUCAUAAACUUUACAAAGCAGGGGGAGGGCUGUUUCUAAUUGCUAGUGUGUUCUUUUCAGCAGUAGUUGUCAUGUAUGUCAUCUGGGUCCAAGCAUUAAGCACAAUGACUGACUACAAACAGCAACAAAAAACAUCACUCUGUCCAGACUUUCAAAUCAACAUCAGAUAUGGCUGGUCCUUCAUGCUGGCUCCUGUGGGAGUAUUCUUUUCUUUCCUGGCUGGAAUGCUUUUCCUAUUGAUAGGACGUACUUUUCAGAUGCACUACAACUAACCAGGAUGCUUCAGAAGCAGUGUAUGGAUGACAAAACUGUGGAUGCAUAUCGUACAGAAUUAACUGGUAGAUUUCAUUCAUUUACAUUUUCCCAAGAGCAUUGUAACACAAGUCAUUGUUCAUUACAGUACAUUUUCCAAAGUCUUUUUAUACUGUACAACAGGACCUAAUUGUAUUUUUAUUCAUGCUUCUAGAAUGAUUGGAUUCAUUAUAUUCCCUUUACUUACUAUGGUCUGGAGUUUUGACUUUUGUCAAGUCUAAGGUAAAAAAAAAAUAUAUUAAACAUUUUUAAAUCAGUUGAAUUUAUUUAUACAUUCUUGGCUUUUACUGAAUUGUGUUCCAGAGGUCAGAUUGAUGAAUUUUCGAAGUGGUUUACUUCAAUGUGUAAAUGAUACAUUUUUACCAAAGGUACAAAAUACACUCGCGAAAAACGCCUAAAAUACCUUAAAUUAUAUAUCAGAUUUGUUUAUAUCUAGCAAGUAUUUUUCUACUUGAGUAAUGGACAUUUAAACAUUUACAAUUUAAAAUAACCCUACAGGUAAAUCUCCAAAAUGCAAGUUACAAUUUAAAUGUCAAUUAAGAUAAAUAUUACAAAUCUAGUAACAAGCUGGUAAGUUUUUGUUAACUAAUUAAUGGCUUAUUUUAAAGUCUGUUUUGAUUGAUUAAAUAACAUGUGGUAUUUCAAGGAGCCAGUCUAGUACAGUUUAUUAGACUUCUCUAAAUUUCUCAAAACAGUCUUUGAACAGAGUUUGAUUUUUAUAAAGCCUGAUCUUGUUAUAAUGUGUCAUGUAUAUAAUCAGUGAAAAGAUUAUUUAAAAUACAUACGUAGUUAAAGCAUUGUAGAUGUGGUCCACUGACAGUUUCACCAAAAAAUGAUACAUGGUAAAGACCUUGAUUCAUCUGUCUCUUCGUGUCGUGGUAUCUAAUAUAUUUUAACAGGAACUUUACAUUUUCUUAUGUUACGUGUAAAAUGGCAGUUUUUUUCAGUUAUACGUAAUACAGUUUUUAAAUCUAAUAUUUAUUCAUCCUUUCCAUUAAUGGCUUGCACCUGCAGUGUGUGUGGCGUUUUUGUAUCCUUGUAAAAGCCUGUAAUAUGUUUGCAUGAUGGUCAUCUGUAUUUCCCUGGUGCACUGUCAACAGGAUGCUCCUAUAAAUGAAAUGCUGAGGGCUGUCCUGUAUAAAUGUUUUCAAAUAAAUAAAAAAAAUAUGCUAAUUGAAUUGGUCAAGUUAUGAUCUAAAAACUUUUACCAAAGGAAAUGGCAAUUUAUUGAAUAUACACAUUUCUUUCUCAAGUGGUGACCAGCAUUUGAUCAGCCAGAUAAGAUUUACUAAAUUAAUGUAUUUAGCUCAAAUGUCUGAUACUUAAAUUCGGU